CCACGUUUUAAUAACUGUCAUAUUAUUUUCGGUAUCAUCUUUAUUUAUUAGUCUUCAAUUGUUUAGAACAUAAUCAUUCCAUUGCGAUUUAUGCGAAUUAUAACAUUAUGAAUCAAAAGAAUAUGGAUUUUCAUCAGCAAAAAACCAUUCCUGCCACUUUAGCCUUCCACACAAACUACAGCAAUGGGACCGACAAUUUAAUCGAUUUGAGUCGCGCAUAUAAUCCAAUUCCUGCUGCCCUUUCUUCUUCCGGGACUAGCAAAAACGCAAUGGAAAACACAUCGCACGACAACAACACGUCGCCCAACAACAAUUGUCACGAGACCGCCGGAGUUUUAGACGGAAUGCCCGAGGCUCUACUACUCAAAUUGGGCAUAAACCCAGAUAAGUUAGAGGAGAUAAAACACUGGAGCCUGUCGACGCUCAAGUGCACGAAACAGUUGGUACUUCAGCACUUGGGUAACGGCGUUCGGACGAUCGAUCUUGAUCUCGAAUCCCGCGUUCAGGUACUCCGCGACACUAAACACAAGUACACUCAGCUGAUAACGCUCGUGAGGGUCUUUUCGUCCCAUCUUUACCAUGCCAAGGAGGCCCAAAACUGUUUGAGCGAACUUUUCGGGGAACUGGCUCAAAAAUCCCCUGAACUUCAGGAAGAAUUUUCUUAUAACGCCGAAACGCAAAAAGUUAUCAGCAGGAAUAUGGAAUCCUUCAUUCAAGCGUUAAAUUUUUUCGUCUCCAAUAUCAGCACGCUUGUCAACAAAACCAUUGAAGACACGCUUCUCACAGUCAAGCAAUAUGAAUCCAUUAGGUUAGAGUUUGACGCUUAUCGCACGGAGAUCGAGAAUUUAACGAAACUCUUAAAGACUAAACCGGUUUCGGAGGCGAAGAUAGCCGAAAGCACAAGGCAGUUUAAUAUUUCCAAGGACAAAUUCGACAAGAUCCGCAACGAUUUGUCCAUCAAACUGAAAUUUCUGGACGAAAAUCGGAUCAAAGUGGUAAGAAAGCAAUUGGUCCUUUUUCAUAAUGCCAUCUCCGCCUAUUACAGUGGUAAUAAUGUAGCCAUGGAUGCCGUUAUAAAGCAAUUCAACAUAAAGGCCAAGUUACCCAACCAUCAACCUUUAUCUUGGAUCGAACAUUUUCGGUCUUAGUGGAGUUUUUUUUAAAUAUUUUUUUGUUGUUUUUCCAAGAAAAUAAACACAAUAUUUUGCGAUUUAAAAAAAAAUAUAUCGCGUCGCAAACAAAAAAAAUUAUAUGUUAUUUAUUUUAAAUUAUUAUUAUACGAUAUUUUAUAUUUAGAUAAUCUUUUUAUUUUUGUUAAAAUUAUUAUUAUAAAUAUUACGACCUAUGUUUUAAAAAAAAUC